GGAGGUUUGGGCCUUCCCGGCCGCCGCCGCCGCAACAUGGCGGCCCCCAGGGAGCGGCCAGGGCCGCGGUCCGCGCCGAGCCUCCGAGGCCUCCCCGGCACGGAUCGCGCUGCAGAAUUCGGGAGAUGGAAGGCGCAGUGUCUGGGCCGCGCGGACCUCAGCCGGAAGGGCAGCGUGGACGAGGGUGCGGCGGGACUCGUGCAGCUGCUGAACGGGCGCGAGCAGUACUUCACCACCAGCUCCUGCGCCGGGCGCAUCGUCCUCCUGGACGGGGGUAUAAAUGGUUUUGAAGUUCAAAAGCAAAACUGCUGCUGGCUACUGGUUACACACAAACCUUGCGUAAAGGAUGAUGUGAUUGCGGCUCUGAAGAAAGCAAAUGGCGAUGCCAUUUUGAAAUUUGAACCACUUGUUCUUCAUGUGCAGUGUCGACAGUUGCAGGAUGCACAGAUUCUGCAUUCAGUGGCAAUAGAUUCUGGUUUCAGGAACUCUGGCAUAACCGUGGGAAAGAGAGGAAAGACUAUGUUGGCUGUCCGGAGCACCCAUGGCUUAGAAGUUCCAUUAAGCCAUAAGGGAAAACUGAUGGUGACCGAGGAAUAUAUCGACUUCCUGUUAAAGAUAGCAAAUCAAAAGAUGGAGGAAAACAAGAAGAGGAUUGAAAGGUUUUACAACUGCCUACAACAUGCUUUGGAAAAAGAAACUAUUACUAACUCACAUGCAAAAGAGAAAAUCAAAGACAAAAAUAAUUCAUCAUAUACUCAUAAGAAGAAGAGAAACCCAGAAGCAGCAUGUGGCAAAUGUAUUACUGAAGAAAACGCUAAAGAAUGUGAAAAUGAUGAUGACCUAGGAAUGAGUGUUACCAUCUUCCCUGAAGAUUACUAAGAUUCAGUCUUGGUAGAAUAAUGUGUCUAAUAGACAUUACAGAGCUGCUCUUUAUAAGAGUACUUCAGUUUCUUGAGUGUAUGAGCCACUCAGAAAACCAAGAUUUCUUCUGUCUGUAUAUUUUAGAGAAAUCCUGAACUUUUAAAAAUAACUGUAUAAUAUUUGCUCAUUAGAUACCAUCUGCUUUAGUCACAUAGAGAUUCAUUGCAAAAAUAAAAUGAACUUCUUAAUGCCUCUUUUUUAAGUUUCAACUUCUACUUCUGCAAAACAAAAUUGUAAUACUCUUUCAAGGGAACCUUGACAUUGGAAAUGUUUGAGUAAAAAUCAUCACAACACUUAAUUUCGUUUUUCACUUUGAAAUCUCCAGCCUUUAAAAGGGGAUGAGUUUGCUUUUUGUUGCCGUGAUGUCCGGUAAGAAGUCCUUCCCUUUUUUUUGACCUUGUGGAGAAAACAACUGAUAACGCUUUUUGUUCAGGACAAAAUACGUGAACCUUCUUUUCUCGUUAUUUCUCACAAACCAGAGCUUGCCACUGGCACAGUCCCUGCCACACAGGUAGGCUUGGGUAUUUCACUAAACCUGGUCAGAAAUGGUGACUUAAGACCUGGGAAUCUUUAUAGCAUUCUUAUAUACUUUUUUGCAAAAUUUCAAGGACUCAAAAGACUUGGGUUUGAGUUCUUAACGGUUGUAUAGAAAUUGGGAGGCAGGGGUGGUCCUUGAACAAAUCACAGAAUUUUCAAGGCCUUCCAUUUCCUCUUCAGCAUAAUAGUUCUGACAUCUGCUGUGUUGACAUAACAGGAGUGCUGACAGCAUCACGUUAAAUAAAAAUAAGAAAGUUACUAAUAGA